CGUGCGCGCAUCAUUCAUACAUGCGUAGACUCGCCAGUAGAUUUGCUUAGCCCGCCUCGUCCGCACGUCUGUAUCAAACGCGACACAAACGGUAGUGCAGUGUUCGAAUUUCAAAAGUGUUGUGACAGUUUGGUCGGGAGAACUUUUUAAUUUUUAAAGAGUCAGUAAUGUCCAACUAGCAGACCAUGGCGUGCGCAGGCGCAGUGCUGCUCGAGGCGCGGCCUUUCCGGCCGUUCCGCUCCUCGGAGGAGUACCUGUAUGCUAUGAAAGAGGACCUGGCUGAGUGGCUCACGGUCCUCUAUCCAGAGCUCAGGAUCAACGCAGACAAUUUUCUGGACAGGUUGGACACGGGCGUCGCUUUGUGCAGGCACGCGAACGCAGUCCGGGAAUCGGCCAGGGUGAUCCUGGAGUCUCUGAACCAGGAAUCCGACGAUGCCAUCGCCUUGGCACGAGCCCUUCGCUCCAGGGCUCCCGUGAACAUGCUCCCAGCCGCGAAGGCAGGCACAUUCUUCGCCAGGGACAACGUCUCCAAUUUCAUAGACUGGUGCAGACGAGCAUUGGGGAUACUCGAAUGCUUGCUGUUUGAAACUGACGAUUUGUGCCUUCGCAAAAAUGAGAAGCACGUUGUCUUAUGCUUGUUGGAAGUGGCUAGGAAGGGUGCGGUUUUGGGCAUGCCAGCGCCGCUGCUGGUCCAAAUGGAGAAGCAGAUAGAGAGAGAACUGGCCGGGGAGGAGUUGAGGCCUGAUGAUUCCGCGCUGGGGCUGGUCCCGUGCGGGCCGCAGCCGCAAUUGGUGACCAAUGACUUGAGGAGUUUGGACGAAAGGGUCAGGGAUUUAGUGGAGAGGUGCUCGUGCCCCACCCAGUUCCCCAUGGUCAGGGUGUCGGAGGGGAAGUACAGGAUUGGUGACACGAAGAUGCUGAUCUUCGUUAGGAUCCUCCGCUCCCACGUGAUGGUACGCGUUGGAGGCGGCUGGGACACCCUGGCCCACUAUCUGGACAAACAUGACCCCUGCCGCUGUCGGUCUCAGCACAGGUCCACGCUCUCAGCGCGCCUCGCCCGCCCCAACACCAACAAAUCCCUCGCAGGAGCAACCGUCACUUACGAAAGGGACCCAGGCCCAACUUCCUUACCAUUCACGAAAGAACCAAAAUCCUACGAGCCAAUAUCGCUACAGUAUCCAAGGUACGAGGAGCGAACUAGGGUUUACAACGAAGACCACAGAAUGAACCAUUACUCUUCGAACCACAGAUUAAGCGAACAGCCUUCCAGUUUGCCUUAUCUCGGAGAUUUGGACCGGGCGGCGUCUCCUGGCAGAAGAAUCGGAGACAGAAAAUCUUCCUCGCCAGAUCGCAGAACGAAAAUCGUGACGUCCAACCAUUUGGUGCCAAACCCUCUUGGGCGGAACAAAAGUCCCAGGCCGGUAUCUCCAGCGCCCCAGGCUGAGAGUGCUUCAGACAAUGGGUCGGAGGUGUCGGAUGAAGGGUACCGGAGUCUGGGAGUGGUGGCCGGGUCCACACAGAGUUCUCCGUCAACGAAAACCACGAACAGAUAUUCUCUGCACAGCCAGAAUUCUGUGGAGGACGCUGAGUUUAUUGAGCGUCUCGACCACGAUGACGGCUGUCACAUGGAGAAGAACGACCGAGUCGAUGACUACGUGAGUCUCAGCACCGGCCUACGCAAGACUGACUUCUCAGAGACCUUCUACGGCGCCAAGAAACCUGGCUCCUUCGAAGACAAGUCCAACAGAGCUAGUCCCGAAAGGGCAGUAGUCGCAGAAAGUAAUAAUUCCCCAAGUAAAAGCUUAAGACCUUCUAGAGAUAUGAUAGAUUCACCCACGAAGACUCUGAAAGGUCGACAGGCUAGCAGGAUUCCGCAUUCACCAGUCCGCGCCAGGACUCCAAGCCGAGGGAACACCCCAAGCCCUAAGCAUGCGCCUAAUCUGCAGACAUCACCAAAACUAGCCCCGAAACUACCUCCCACAGCAAGGAAUACUUGGGGGGGAAGGACUGCUCCGAACCAACCUAAAUCAAAAGCUAGACCUACGAUUGGGGCAGAUACUUUUGAUAACCCGAAUAAGUCGCCUAAAGCUAAACAGAAGGUACCACAAUCUGAAGCGUUUAAAAGGAAUUCUCCGUUGAGAGCUAGCAGCGCAACCCUACGGUCACCGCCGAACAACAAGCCACUCAGUCCACUAUUAGAACAGAUCUUGAGAUCAGCCGAAACGGCUAAAGACGACGCAACAGUUUUAGAGAAAAUGAAGGAAAUUAUUAGAACUUAUUCCAAAGGAGAGGAUUCUUUGUCCAGGGCUAGUUCAAAAGAUUCAGAUUACGCUGAUUUCACGUCGGCUUGGGUGAUGUCCGAUGGGAAAUUGGAGAGGUCUACCAGCACUCGGCAGCUGGCGACGCCCAGGAAAGACCAAAGGAACGGACCUUCAAGGAUUCCGGCGCCUGUGUCGCUUGGGUGCAGGAGAUCAACGUCUACUUCUCAAUUCCAAUGACAGGGAUCCCAGAGCAGCGACGGCAAAAGCAGCAAGUGAUGACUGUGUCAGUGGUCACAAACUCGAGGCUCGUAAAGUUGGAUGUGACACAAAUGUUGUGAGCGAUCGUGUAGUUACAAUUGGCAAUAAGGUUUUGAGAGUUUUAUUGGAGCCAGAUAGAGAAUUAUUGGCAUAUUUACUGCCUAAAAUAUUAAUAAUAUUUAAUCAUAUCUUUCUUAAAGUAGUUGUAGUCUACUUUGCUCUUUAUAUUCUUCUUUAGAAGGUGAUUUUAAUUCAAUUACAUGAAUUUCAAAUACUUCUAUCUAACUUAGUUUAGAAAUACUAAUUUAGAUAAAAACUAACAGUCUUCAACUUUUAUCUAUAAGUAAUUGAAAUAACUUGAAAAAAUGCAAAAUCUUUUAAGGUUUCGCAUGUUUUGGAUAGAAGGUUUUCAUCAAUAUCAAGCUCUAGAAGACAACUAAAUGAUGGUGCUAAGAGAAAAAUCGUAUGUCAUUUCAUUGUAUUUUAAGUUAGUCUAAUAUUGACUUAAAAAAGUUAACUUGCUAGGUGUUUAUCGCCUAGAUUUUUUUAAGUUUAAGUUGAAAUAUGUUUUACAUCAAGACAAUUAAUUUAAGUACCAACCAAGUGUAUUGUAAUGACGAAAUUUUAUAUUUUAGUUUUAAUAAUUUAGUCGGUAAGACAUGUUUCUUUUAUAUAUCCCGGCGUCUCUAACAUUUAAAUUAACAUUUAUAGGCGUUUGGCAUACUUGCAUUUAAAGUGUAUCAUUCCACAUUGAAAGCCGGGAAUAAAUGGCAAUUUUUCUUUAUUUUUGUAAUCUGUAAUCUCAUUUCUUCUUCAUUUUUGGAAUGUGGGUUGUGACGGGGAUCGGAGCUUAUAAUCUAUUUGAUAAACACUUUAAAAUAAUUGCAUUUUUUAAAGUUAAGACCGCUUGGUUUUAGCUAAUUAAGAUACAUAUAAUUAAGAUUAGAAUAUUUGAAUCGUAUACAUCCAUCAUUAUACCUCAUUCAGUAUACCAGUGAUGAAAAAUAAAAUAAAAAUAUUUUUUCACUAACAUUUUAUUGAAUUUUAAUGAACAAUUUUUGAAAAUCUUCAUGUAGCCGUCCGAAUUCAUAUACAUAAAUUAAUAUACCAUGAACAUUAAUAAAUGAAUUUCGAUGCUUCAUUCAUAUUAAUGUAUAAUUUAAUGUUGAAUUAAAUUUCAUGAUUGAAGUGAUCGUUAUAGUUUUUCGCUAUAAUUGUAAAGCCUAAAAGAAUAUAUUAUGUAAUAAGUUUUGUCGCAAAAACUUAAGCAUACUUUAAAGUUACUAAAAUAUUUAAACGAGUUAAACUUUAAAUUUUGCAAAAGUUUUUAAUAAGGUGUAAAAUGUAAUGCUCUGCCCGCUAUCUUACUUUGAAAAUAUUUCUUAAUCUAAUUUUACUGUUAUUAUAUAUAAUCACGCUGAUGAAAUAGAGAACAGCUUUUUUUUUCAAUCAAACAAAAUAUGGUGAACAUGUGAAUUUUUUGGACAAUAAAAAUUGUAUUUGAAAAUCAAAACAAUAAAAAACUAUAAUUUGUUCACUAUAUUUUUUAUAUAGCUUUGCUAUAUUUCUAAGGUUUAUAUAAUACUGUUUAAAGUUUGUCAACCGUAAAAUGUCAACAAAUAAAAAUAUACCUACACUUAUUAAUAUAAAAAUUCUUACAAUUAAGGUUUAGAGUCAGGGAUCGAUAUACGAACGUUAACAAGACAUUUAUCUCAUUCCCUUCUCUUACCUUCUAGCAGAAUAAGAGCGAGACAGUAAAUCUGACAUAUAACCUUAUCAGUACAGUCCGAUCAUUUCACUACAAUAUUUUUAAUAGAACAAUUCUAAACAGUAUUAUGUGCUCCCACGAGGCUGAGGUGAUCUUAGUAAUACUUUUCAGACGUUACCAGUGUCUAUGCCAUAGAGAUGUUUAUCUGAAUAAAUCUUGAGACAUUUA